UCGUUCAUUUCACUUCAGGGAGGUCAACGGCUGGCCAUGUGGCAGUAGUGGUCUUACAGUAGCUUGAAUCGGUUAAACUCAAUUUCACUUUAAAGUAAUCUUUUACGUUAUCAUUUACAAAGUAAUUCCAUACGGAGUUAUUUUAAUACUUUUGUUCCAUUCAUUUUCUCUUCGACUUUUCGAGCUACUCAGGCCAACUAACAACUUUGGUUUCUGCAAGGUACAUUCUGGAUGAUUGAGGUGAGAACGUGAAGCUUUAAUUAAAAUAGCAUUAAAAUAUUCUUUGUUGAUUGUGAAUUAAAUUGCCAUUUCCUUCAUCAAUUGAUCGGCUAGUAAAUUAGCAGACAGAUGUCAUAGUAAUCUUAUUGAAUAUUGAAUUAACUGUUUCAUAACAAAGAUUAGUAGCUUAGCUGGACUCUGAUAUUAUUUCAUCUAUAAGUAAAAAAGUAAUUAAUUACAAUGAGUACCAUAUUGGAAAAAAUAGCAGCUAUUGAGGCUGAGAUGGCAAGGACGCAAAAGAACAAAGCGACUGCUGGCCAUUUAGGGUUGUUGAAAGCUAAACUUGCUAAGCUACGUCGUGAAUUGAUCACUCCAAAAGGAGGCGGCGGAGGUAGUGGUGAGCAAGGUUUUGAAGUUGCCAAAACUGGUGAUGCCAGAAUUGGAUUCGUAGGCUUUCCAUCAGUUGGGAAAUCAACGUUACUAAGUACGCUUGCUGGGGUAUACUCAGAGGUUGCGGCAUAUGAAUUUACAACUUUAACUACAGUUCCUGGCUGCAUUAAGUAUAAGGGAGCUAAGAUUCAAUUGCUUGAUCUUCCUGGUAUCAUUGAAGGUGCCAAAGAUGGCAAAGGUAGAGGAAGACAAGUAAUUGCUGUUGCAAGAACUUGCAGUUUAAUAUUUAUAGUUCUUGAUGUGCUUAAGCCUUUAGGUCACAAACGUUUGAUAGAACAUGAAUUGGAAGGUUUUGGCAUACGUUUGAACAAACAGCCUCCAAAUAUACACUUUAGAAAAAAAGAUAAAGGAGGCAUCAACUUACAAACAAUGUGUACUCAGUCUGAACUGGAUUUAGAUACUGUUAGAACUAUUUUAUCAGAAUAUAAAAUUCACAAUGCUGAUAUUACUUUGAGGUAUGAUGCUACUUCUGAUGAUCUCAUCGACGUUAUUGAAGGUAAUCGCAUCUACAUCCCUUGCAUAUACCUUCUUAACAAAAUAGAUCAAAUAAGCAUCGAAGAACUUGAUGUAAUUUAUAAAAUACCACACUGUGUUCCCAUAUCUGCUCAUCAUAAAUGGAAUUUUGAUGAUUUAUUGGAGAAAAUGUGGGAGUACUUGCAUCUUGUUAGAAUUUAUACAAAACCAAAAGGUCAAUUACCUGAUUAUAACUCACCAGUAGUUCUUAAUAGUGAAAGACGAAGUGUAGAAGAGUUUUGCAAUAAACUUCACAGAACUAUUGCUAAAGAAUUUAAGUACGCUCUUGUUUGGGGUUCUUCUGUAAAACAUCAACCACAAAAAGUAGGAAAGGACCAUGUUUUGAAUGAUGAAGAUGUUGUGCAAAUUGUUAAAAAAGUUUGAUACUUUCUCAAUUAUAAAAAACUGUGGUACAUGAACGUUUACAUAAUAAAACUUGAAGAAAAGUUUGCUCCAUAUAGUAAUAUCGCGCUGACUGUAGUUUUUAUUGAUACAAAAUUUAGCUUGGUAUAGUUUUUCUUCAAGUUAAGAUUAUACGAAUAUUCCUAAUGAAUAACCCAAAAAUUGUUAAAUUGAGAAUUUUAUUGUGAAAAUAAUUAUUUUUCAAAAUGAUUCAGCAGCUACGUAUCGUUUGAAAUGAGCUUCAUACUUCAUCUUCGUGUUGAAUGAUUAAUGCUUGGAUUUCAUAAUUCAAAAUUCUGUAAAUAAUAAAAUAUAACUCGAUUCAAAA